UUUGGAGCCAAAAAAACGCUUCCUUUGGGGUGAUUGGCUCCUCACCAUCACCACUUGAUUUCCACAAUCAAAUCAACUACUACCUUCGAUCUCAUGCUUACCCGCCAUCUGAAUUUCAAAUCCUUUCAUGUCAUCUCCAAACAACGAUCCCCAAGCCUCAAUUUUUUCCGCUCUUUCCAACAUGACCACCACCUGUUUGAUCAAAGUCCUCCUCCAAAUUCAGCCUCUGCCAACCGCCUCUUACUCGAUCACUUGCACAGGGGCGAAGCACUUCAAGCCCUUCGCUUUUUCAAGAAGCAGAUUCGGUGGGGUCUUGAUGGGAAUGCCGAUGAGUUUACUCUGGCCCUCGCCCUGAAGGCCUGUUGCGGUGUCCCUAAACUAGGUAGACAAAUUCAUGGAUUUGUUAUUUCUUCUGGGCUUGUUUCGCAUAUUACAGUCUCUAACUCUUUGAUGAAUAUGUACUGUAAAUCUGGGCAGCUUGAGAUGGCUUUUAGUGUCUUCGAGAAUUUACAUGUCCCAGAUAUUGUUUCGUGGAAUACUAUUCUUUCCGGGUUCCAGAAGAGUGAGGGCGCUUUGGGUUUUGUUGUUAGGAUGAAUUUAAAUGGGGUUAAGUUUGAUCCUGUGACCUAUACUACCACGCUUGCCUUUUGCUUAGAUGGAGAAGAUUUUCUUUUUGGUUGGCAGUUGCAUACCCAUACCCUGAAAUGUGGAUUUGAAGGUGAUGUUUUUGCUGGAAAUGCUCUGAUUACAAUGUAUUCGAGAUGGGAACGUCUUGUGGAUGCUAGACAAGUGUUUGAUGAAAUGCCGUACAGGGAUCGGGUGUCGUGGAGCGCAAUGAUUACUGGGUACGCACAAGAGGGGGAUCAUGGGUUAGAAGCAAUUUCAGUGUUCAUUCAAAUGGUGAGAGAAGGACUGAAGUUUGACAAUGUAGCGAUUACUGGAGCUGUUUCUGUCUGUGGUCAUGAAAGAAACUUGGAACUCGGAAAGCAGAUUCAUUGUUUGGCUAUGAAAACAGGUUAUGGGACUCAUACUUCUGUCUGUAAUGUUCUGAUCUCAACUUACUCCAAGUGUGAGGUCAUUGAAGAUGCAAAAGCGGUAUUCAAACUAAUGGACGACUGCAAUGUGAUCUCUUGGACUACUAUGAUUUCACUGAAUGAAGAAGAUGCAGUUGCUUUGUUCAAUAAGAUGAGAGUAGAUGGAGUAUAUCCAAAUGAUGUUACAUUCAUUGGAUUACUUCAUGCCAUCACAAUGAGGAAUAUGGUGGAACAGGGACUGACGGUCCAUGGAUUAUGUAUCAAAGCCGACUUUCUAUCAGAAUUAAGUGUCGGCAAUAGUCUAAUCACCAUGUAUGCAAAAUUCGAGAUGAUGCAAGAUUCAUCAAGAGUGUUCAUAGAACUUCCAUAUAGAGAGAUAAUAUCAUGGAAUGCUUUAAUUUCUGGGUAUGCUCAAAAUACAUUAUGUCAAGAAGCUUUGGAGACAUUUCUGUGUGCAAUAAUGGAAUCCAAGCCAAACGAAUACACCUUUGGGAGUGUCCUGAAUGCAAUCAGUGCUGGCCAAGACAUAUCUAUAAAGCAUGGCCAGAGAUGCCAUUCUCAUUUGAUCAAACUUGGAUUGAAAUCUGACCCCAUCAUUUCAGGUGCCCUCCUAGACAUGUAUGCAAAGCGUGGGAGCAUUCAAGAGUCCCAAAGAGUUUUCAACGAAACAUCCAAAAGAAGUCAAUUCGCUUGGACCGCGUUGAUCUCCGGCUACGCACAACACGGGGAUUACGAUACAGUGAUGAAACUGUUUGAAGAGAUGGAGAAGGAAAAGAUAAAGCCAGAUGCAGUGAUCUUCCUGUCUAUCCUAACAGCAUGUAGCAGGAACAGGAUGGUCAAUAUUGGUCGUCGAUUUUUCGAUAUGAUGAUCAAAGAUCAUAUGAUCGAGCCAGCAGCAGAGCACUAUUCUUGUAUGGUGGAUAUGUUGGGUCGCGCCGGGCGAUUGCAAGAGGCCGAGGAGAUGCUAGCACGCAUACCAGGAGGGCCCAGGAUAUCAGCACUACAAAGCUUGCUCGGAGCGUGUAGGAUACAUGGAAAUGUCGAUAUGGCGGAGAGAAUGGCGGAUGCUUUGAUGAAGAAGGAACCAUUGGAAUCGGGGUCAUAUGUGCUAAUGUCAAACUUGUAUGCUCAGAAGGGAGAUUGGGAAAAGGUUGCUGAAGUGAGGAAGGGAAUGAGAGAGAGAGGAGUGAAGAAAGAGAUUGGUUUCAGUUGGGUGGAUGUGGGUAAUUUUGGUGCUUCUUUAUACUUGCAUGGGUUUUCAUCAGGUGAUGUGUCCCAUCCACAAUCAGAAGAGAUAUGUAGAAUGGCACAGUAUAUAGGAACAGAAAUGAAGUUUCAAAAAGAUAGAGAGAGAGAGCGCCAGACUCAUAUGACUUGGUGAACUACCUCUGAUCAAUUUAUUUGUAUUUGAUGGAUGAUUACUGAAAAGAAACAUAUUUAUAAACA